AUGCCUGUCUCUUUCUCCUCUCCCUCUGGCACUCAGUGCCCGCGCCUCGACGCCUACAAGGCCCUCAAGUACUCGCAGCUCGAGGUAUUUGCCGAGAACCGAUACCAGACCCCCAAAGAGCGCGAGCUCUACAAGUCCUCGCUGCUCGCCAUCUCCGCCGACAACGACCUAGAGCCCACCGAGGCCAAGCUGGGCGAGCUCCUCUACUUCCGCGAGGGCUCCCUCCUUGCUGCCAAGCAGCGCGUCAACGAGAUGACCCGGCUCCAGCUGGAGCACGAAUCCCUGGUCCGCGGGCUGCUCACCCGCAACGAGCUGCCGCCCCUGUCCGACUUCCGUCUCCGCGCGCUCCUCCUGGGCGACCAGUUGCAGCUCGAGGCCGAGAAUCGUGCCGCCCGCCUUGCUUCGCCCGACAGCGGGUACGUUUCCGCGGUUGGCUCCGACGAGGAGCUUUCGGGACCGGACGCCAACGACGAUAAGCCCGGCCACAUCGUCCGGCACUGGCAUCCGGAGUUGGGUCAGUCGGUAUCGUACAGCACCCUAUCGACAUCCCUUCUCAUAGCCAUAACCAUGUCAACCACAAAGAUUUCUCUCGGCCAGUACAUGCAGCGCAAGCAGUCGGCAUUGGGGAACGCCGCCUCCGCUGCUCCCCCUAUAGUCACCACCACCACGGCGUACGCUUACGGCGCACCCAGCCUUGCUGCCGCCAUCGAAAACCCGGCGAAGUACUACCCGAAACCCGAUCCUUUCGCUGGGAUUUCCAACUCGUCCAAUCCCUAUCCUACUUACAUCCCGAACCGAAAGCCGCACUGGUCGCGGCCACCUUUGGUCCACCCUUCCCAGUAUGCACGGCCUUCCCUCUAUGUGCCGAAACUCGGCUCAGCUCCGUGGUUGGACCAAGACACGAUAGACAUGAACAACCGCCUCAAGGACAUCUUUUCCCGUCCCCUUGAUCAGGAGCGAGGCGACCAUUGGCGCCCUCCGAAGCGAUAUUCCCGCGAUAGUGAUUGCAGCCACGACCGCCACUUUCGGGACUUCGUGCCCAAGUCCCCUCGGCGCGGACGCAUACAGAAGCGCCGCGAGUCCACCCACUCAGCCGACCGAGCUGGCCUUGAUCACAUCACACUAGGUGCAGUGACUAGAUUUGAUGACCCUAACACAUACAAGGCUCUGGUGCUCGACGAACUCCUCGACGAAGCUCGAGCCCGCGGUCUCCCCCUUCGGUCAGUACCUGAUAAAGCCUACGUUGCUCAAGCCUUGGAACUUAGCGACAGGGUAUAUUGCGAGCAGCUCCAGAUGCAUUGGGGCAAAGGGGCAGAUGUCCUUCGUGACACUGUCAUCACCGCUGGCGUACCCGGCCUGGAUUCGCAGAAGCACUAUUCCGCUGAGACCCUCGCUAUGAAGAUUGCUGAGCAUGGGGCUCGUCAAGCUGUGGAGCGCCUCCACGUUAAAGAGAAGGACCAUGCUACGAAGGAAGCUGAAGCAAAGGGGAGCAUCAGAAAGACUUCUCGCAAGUCCAAGCCGACCCAGGUCACUGCAUCUGCUACGAAGGUGAACACGACAAAGCCUGCUGAAGACACUCAGGCUGAGGCAUCCCAGCACAAGCAACAGCGAGCCGUAGAGGCUGAGAAGUCGACGAAAGCGACCAAGUCGAGCAAGUCGGUGGAUAUCGAGAUGACAGCCGCUCUGGAGAGCGAGACACCACGUAAGAUACUGAAGCCUAAGAGCCAGAAGCCCGAUACUGCGACGUCUAGCUAUCCAUCUCCUGAGGCCACUGACUCGCCGGACUCCACAUCAACUACACCGCCAUCGCCUCGUGCACACCCUGCCACGAAACAGGUCAUGCCUACGUCGAAGGCAGGAUGCACUAGCAGUGAGCAGGAGCAGCCUCGGGGUAUUGCGCAAGUUGCUAGGAGACGCAGUACUUCGUCUUCCCUGAAUGGUCUCAACUGUGCGUCGCCGAAGCGAAAGCGCUCUGUAAGGGAUACCAAAGGUCGCCUGGAGGACUAUCGCAGUGGCGAGGAUCAUGCGGUCAAGGGUGAGGAGGACGGGGAGAUGCAGGAGGUUCGGCCAAAGAAGAAGAGGAAGCCCGGCGUUUCGCUUACCGCGAUGAAGAAGAGCCGCUUGAUUUCUGGGUUGUGA